GUAGUGAUUAGAGUUCAGUGCUUGGACAGUGAAACUGUAGCAGUGUUUAAAUAUUUUAUUAUUAUUAUACUAUUAUAUUUAUUUUAUUAUCGAAGUUGAAUACUUAGAGUUGCACGUCUCUUUCUGUUUAUCAGACACCUGUGACCCGCAGAACUGUCAUGCUGUAGGGGGCACAAUAUGGAGUGGAACAUCCUGCACAGACAUGUUGCGAGUGGAGCGAAUUGUGUCCCUAACCGGGAAUCCAGAAUAUUGAAGUUUAUGUAAUCAGUUCGGCGAACCAAGAUGGCUGCGACAGUGGGGCUUGUUGGUGCACUUCUGAUGCAUAUAUGUACCAACUACGAAGCCAUUAUGAACGGAACUCAGCCAGACGGAGAACACAUCAUCUGUGACUUGGCGUCGCCAAAGAUGCUCUAUAAGAAGUCUCUGACCAUAGCUGCAUUGGAUGAGUUCCCGUUGAGUUACGUGGAGGACGGAGUCCCUAAAGGUAUCGUCUUUGACUUCGUUAACAUUCUGAAAGAUAAAUAUGGAUUCAACUAUACAGUCAAGAUGCCUGAAGAAAACAUCAUAGGAGACGCGGAUAUUGGAAUAAUCAGCAUGGUUCACAAAAAGGAAGUGGACAUGGCUGCAGCCUUCUUGCCUGUGUUCCAUGAGAUGGAUAACCUGGUCAACUGGUCGACAAGUCUGGACGAGUCUAAUUGGGUCGUCAUGAUGAAGCGGCCUUCAGAGUCAGCCACAGGUUCCGGCCUCCUGGCCCCAUUCGACUCGACUGUGUGGAUUCUGAUCCUCAUCUCCCUCAUAGCCAUCGGCCCCACCAUAUACAUCAUCAUCAUCAUCAGGGCGAAGCUAUGUAAGGGGGACGAAGUGCUCACAGCCGUCGUGCCGCUGGACAACUGCAUCUGGUUCGUGUAUGGGGCCUUGAUGAAGCAGGGAUCCACGCUAGCGCCGAUGGCUGAUUCGACUCGCUUGCUAUUUGCGACAUGGUGGAUCUUCAUUACUAUCCUCACAUCGUUCUACACGGCCAACCUAACAGCUUUCCUUACACUGUCGCGUUUCACCUUGCCUAUAGACGGUCCUAAAGAUCUAACGAAGAACAAGGCUGGUUGGAUAGCACAUAAAGGAUCAGCGUUGGAAUACGUAGUCCAGAACGACAAGGAUUACGAGUACCUGAAUAAAACCGUCAAGGACGGCCGUGGCCGCUUCCUGGAGAUGCCGGACCUCGAUAUGUUCACCUUGGUCAAGAACAAGAAACUGUCUCUACUCAGGGAACGGCGUUCUGUGGAAUACUGGAUGUUCCGAGACUACAUGAUCAAGACAGAGGACAACGUUCCAGAGAAUGAGAGAUGCACCUUCGUAGUGACGCCCAAAUCUUUCAUGGUUCACGGCAUUGCGUUCGCGUACCCAAAGGACAGCGACCUCGGGAGGUUCUUCGAUCCUCUGUUCCAGUCGCUGGUAGAGGCGGGCAUUGUAAAACAUUUACUGAAGCAAGGACUGCCACCAACAGAGAUCUGCCCCUUGAAUCUGCGUAGCACGGAACGUCAACUACGAAAUGGCGACCUCUUCACCACCUACAUGGUAGUCGUCGUCGGUUUCAUCUCUGCUAUCGUCGCCUUUGUCGGCGAGGUGUUUUACACAACGAUGAAGAGGUGUUCUGCAGGGAACAAGACGGAGAUUUCAGACAUUGACUGGACGGGAAACCUAGGUUACAAGAAGUCGCAGCUGUUCCCUCCUUCAUACUCGUCUCUGAUGCAACAACAACAUGGCUUCGGGAAACAUCAGAACAUCAACGGGCGAGACUACCUGGUGAUCAACUCAAAACCCGGGGAUCCACAGCUCAUUCCUGUUCGCGCGCCAUCUUCUUUCCUUUUUCAAUAUUCGGCCUAAUUUUCUAAAGAUCGAAGUUCUUAAAUGUCUGAAGGGCGCCAUUCGCCGGGAAAGGCUGGAAAAAACGGAGGAACAAUUGGAUCCUGCACCAUGACAGCGCCCCUUAUCGUGCAGCACAAGUUCCAGCCAUCACACAGCCACCUCAUUCUCCUGACCUCGCUCUAUGAGAUUUCUAUCUCAUAAUUCAUGAAGCUCUCAACUACAAUUAGGGACAUCAUUACAACAAAACAUAAACAUACUUCAAUGUACAAGAUAUUCAUAACAGACAAAUAAUAUUUUCUGCAUUAAUUUCUCUUAAUGUCAGUGUGUCAGUGAGCGAUGUAUUGGUUUGAUUAAUAUGUAAUAAAGUUUUGAGAUAAU